UUCGAUAUAUAGUGAAGAGUGUACCUACAAUAUUGCAGGAAUUGACUUUUAUUGCGUUUUUUUUACUUUUUCAUAUAAUUUUAUUACAUUUCGAAUAUUGGGAACAAGAAGAUAUAUCGAUAAACUAGUAAGUAUAGUUCCGCUUUUAACGAUAAAACUAUCCGAUGGGCACGAAGUUACAUAAAUGAAAAACUCGAUGACCGCAAGUCGGACAGAGUAAAGGAGUACAGGGAAAGACAACUAAUAAACAUUAUGUGCUGAGCCCUGUGGAUGUGAUAUGUGAAUGUGGACUCGGCGUCCAGCUGAUUCGAUGCGAAUCCAACGAGUGCCGCCACCUAUCGCGUAACAGCUGAGUACCUCUAAAGUCGUAACACUUCGAAAAGACUAAUAAGAGAGAGAAAGAUAUAUAUAUAUAGAGAGAGAGAGAGAAAGUGCGUGUGUAGGCCGCGGUACAGACACUGGCGCUACUCUUUCUGGCGCGAGCGCGGAUAUCGCGCCGAGUUCUGCUCCUCUCGCAGCUGCAGCAGCGGUGCAGGAAAAACAACUCCCGGGGACGACGCUGCUGCUGCUCUGUUGAACCUGUGCAGCCGCCGCAGUCAACGUCGGGCAUCCUCAUCAUCAGCUUAUUAUGAUCGAGACGCGAGUAUGCCGCUGCUUAUUUCUCUUGACGCUCCUGGCCGCGGUAACGCAGAUACAGCCGUCUCUGCACGGCCACAACAAUGCAUUCGUCCAGGAUGACAGCGACGUACAGUAUCUUCUGGACAGCAUACCUAUUUCGAUGCACAAGGGCUUUGCUAAUUCAGUGCAUGUGGCUGGGGAUUCCAUAUCAGAGGAAAAUGUACAAGAUUCUCUUUCCCACAUUGAGUUUGAGCCAAAUAUUUUGGAUUUUAAAGAAAGACAACUUGGUGUACCCCAUCAAGAAACUGUAACAUUGUUUAACAGAGAUGACAAUCGGACGAUUCAUCUCGCAUCUAUUUCUGGAAACACACAGCAUUUUCACUCAUCCUUUUUUCAAGAUAAGGUGAUUCCUCCACUGGGAAACACAACUUUUAAUGUUGUAUUUUUAGGCCGAGAAGAGGGAGAAAUUGACAGUUACCUUUUCAUACACACAUCAGAUGGAACAUUAAAAUAUCAAGUUAAAGGUGUAAGCAUAAGUAGUCCUUAUCGACUGCGACCUGUAGUAGGUGUGAAACUACCUAUAAAUGCAUCAUUUACGCCGUUAAUAUACAUGCAUAAUCCUCAUUCUGAACCUAUGCAGGUGGUAGAAGUAUACAGUAGUGGAAGGGAAUUUCAACUAGAAUUGCCUUCUGGAGAAGUUGAAGGACCUCGUGAACUAUGGGAAAUUCCUCCUUAUCAAACAAAACCUGUAAUAAGGUUACACUUUAAUGCAUACACCGAAAAGAAUCAUACUGCAUAUAUUAGAUUCAGGGUUAACAAUAGUGCCGAAGUACUAAUCGUGGCUGUGGAGAUUGAAGUGAGUAGUGGAGCUGGUCUUCAUUGGGGUGGCAGUUCUGGGGUUGUGAACUUUGGUAUGGGUGGAUCUCAUCAACCAUCUAUUCGUUAUCAAAUAGCUUUAAAAAAUUCUGCUAAAAAACCUGUCAAAGUUCAAAAUAUCAUCAGUACUCCAACAUCAAAAGCACUGAAGAUCAAUUUUGAGCCUAUUGUGAUACCAGGAGAUACAGAAAUUCCAAUUGCAGUAGGAACACUAGUGUAUGAUUGGAAAGCUGGUCUGGACUUAAAGCAUUUUAAAGGAAAAUUAAUGAUUAAGGGUAUCGGGUCCGGCGGCUCUAGUCAAAAACUAGCAAUACCAUGGGUUGCAGAAGUCUUACAAGGAGGUCUUGAAGUGAACACUUCUGCUGCACAUUAUUGCUCGCCGCAUUCCAGUCAACCGCGAAAUUUCAGUGUUGUUAAUAAAUUUAAACUGCCCUUAGCAAUUACCAACGUUUCAUUACCUUCAGAGGCUGCACCACUUUUUACAAUAACUAAUUUUGUCCCAAAGAUUUUGAGAUCUGGCCAAAGGGACAAUAUAUUCACGCUGUCAUUAACGCAUGAUAGAAAGCAUGAGAACUUGCAGUUGGAGUCAUCAAUACUUAUACACUCUAAUGUUUCUACUACAGAAGUUCCACUACUAAGCUAUAAUGGGAAAUUGCGAAAAAUAAUACCAGGAGAAAGGGAGAGUGACAAAGGUACAAUGAAUUUUGGUACCGUAAGCAGCGGUACAGAAAACGAAGGGAUAUUCGCUCUCGAAAAUCAAAAUCCAGUUAGUAUAGAGUUACAUGGCUGGGGAGUCAAUAUGCCCGGGGCUGUUUUAGAGUUAAUGGGCUGUCAAAGUGGACCCACCGAUUUAUUUAAUAAAGGCGUGCGAAAUAUAACGGCCUGUAGCGUUACAGGAAACCAAAGCAUAAAACCAGGUUACUUAGCGAUCUUUAAAAUUAAAGUCAAAACUCCCUACGUCGAGGAGGAUACAAUAGUUGGCGAUGUCUUUGUUAAGACAACAUAUGAAAGAUUAACUGUUCCCGUUUAUAUGAGAGUAGCGCAUGGAAAAAUAUCUAUGAAGAAACUUACAUUCACAGAUUGUUUUCCAGGCUCUAUCUGUUUGCAACAAGUAAAGGUACACUCAACUUUUGCAAGAUCCAUGGAAGUUACUUUUAUAGCUCCAAUGCACAAAGAUGAACGAGUAAAAUAUAUUCCUUUAGAAGAAACGUCAUAUCCCAUUAUUUCUAAAGGUGAUAAUCACAUUGGUUCUAUUAUGAUAGAUCCAUCAAUUACUUGUAAACAACAUUGUUACCUUGGAUUAUUCCUAAAUAGCAGUGUUGGAAGUCAAUGGUUGAACACUCUAAGCUUGCCUUCGCAUACACGUGAUUCUGAUUUGAAUCUUUUAAAUACUCGUUACACCCGCUAUUUGAACACUACCAGUGGCGGUUCUUGGGAUAAUAUAACAAUGCAGCUUGAUACUAGCGAAGUUCGUGGACACAAAUUUUCCGUGAAUAUGAAACCGUAUUGGCCAAGUUUAAUAGCCGGAGCUCAGAAUACAAAAAACAAAACUUUGGUAUCCUUUCCACUAACUCAAGUCGGAAAUGUUUCGUACAAAAAUAUAACAUUACACAAUCCAACGUUGAAUCUACUACUAGUCCACCUAGUAAUGGACUGGAGUUACCCUCAAGGAAUGAGACUGUUUCAUUCCUUACCUAAUAAAUUCAAGCCUGUGUGCUCAGAAUGUCCGUCGACUGUACACGGAGAAUUUAAGUUGGAUGACACUUCAAACGAAAAAGAUUUAUUCGAGCAAGAAUGGGGCAUUGGAUCAGCACCUCAUUCUCUUCCAAUAGUCAUUGAACCUAAUAAUACGAAAACUAUACGACUGUCUUACUCACCCACAUCAGCCGCUUCAUCAUCUGCACUUUUAUAUAUCAGAAACAAUAUGACUAUCUUAGAAGUAGUGCGCCUCGUAGGGCGUGGAGCUCACGCACAGUUCAAAUUCGGCAAUCGAAAGCCGGGCUCCACAACACCUUUGUUGUUUGAGCUUACAGAAAAGCAUCUGAAAGAUUGCGAGAUUGAUCAAUCUCGCAAGGCUCCGUUGCCGAAUCUGACGGUAAAACGCUCCUUCACGGCACGAAAUACAGGAGAGCUGCCAAUUGAAGUGCUCGCCUUCUUUAUAAAUGGCCUGUAUUGUGAGGGUUACGGCUUCAAGGUACUUAACUGCUUACCUUUCACCCUCGAACCUAACGCCAGUAGGAAGAUCGAGAUUGCCUUCACGCCGGAUUUUACGUUGUCGCGCAUCGAACGCAAUCUUUUAAUACAAACGAGCCUUGGCCCGGAGAUCGGAACCGAGCAUGGUCUCAAGAGCGGUAUGGUCCAGCUAAACCUUCUUACGACUCUGCCGCCUCAGAGUCUUGAGGCAUGUGCCGCAAUGAUCGCUAGACCCAGUUGGGAAGCUGCGCUACAGUGGACGGCUACCGGACUAACAGUCUUUCUGCUCCUUUGUGUUUUAGCUGCUGCCUUCUUGGAGGCCGAUCGUAUUUUAAGGGGUGCUCUUGUAAGCAUAUCGCGAGGUAAUCCAACGCAGCCUCCGCUGGAUCUGAGACUUUUGUCGCAUUCAUCUCCGAUGCAGCAAAACUCGUUUCAAGCGAAUAGCAAUCAUCACAAUAAUCAUCAACAUCAUAAUCAGCAUAGUAAAGAAAAGUUUGUCGACGACAAUAACAAAAUGUCAGUCGGUAAGCCCAGUAAAAAGGAUGACAGUCUACCCGACUGGAACCUCAUGAGCGUAAAGCGCGGCAAGGAGAAGGAGACACACAAGGGUAUCAAGAUACCUGACUGGUCGGCGGAGGAAGAGCGUCGGUUUCGCAUGGACACCGAAUCCAAGGAUACCCCGUCGCUCAAACGCUGUGUCGCCGUCGCGGACUCACUCACACAGGAGAGCAAUCAUAGUGGCAGUGGUUCGAAGAAGCGGAGUGGUAAACAGCGUCAUAACGCGCAGGAUACUACUGCGACCGCGGAUCAUUUGACUUCCACUGUGCCAGAUAGUCACACGACUCCCGACAUGCAAAUAGCGGAAAGAAAGAGCUCGCCGUCUACCAAGUCAAGUCCUAUGACGAAUAGGAAGGGCAAAGUAAAGGAGGAAUCAACAGUCAAACUGGUCGACCACGAAGUCCUAGUGGACACGAGCAGUGCUUUUGCGAGUGCUCCAAUAAAGGAAAAUGUCAAGAGCGAGGGAAGUGGCAAACGUAAGCAAUCCAACGGGAGUAAUAACGCUGGCAAUGGUAAUCACAAUACGUUCAGGAAGUGCGAUGUUAAUACUAGUCAGAAACUCACACAAUAUUCAGAAGAGGAAACCUCGUCCACCACGACCGAGAGCUCCUUGCAAGAGGAUAACAAUACGUACAAGGACUGUGAAAAUAAUUGUGAAAAAAACGAAAAGACACAGAGAAAACCUGCUACAAAGAAAUCCAAGCCACAAAUUAUUCCUGCCGUGCCAUCUUUAGAUUAUAAGGACAAUUACGAAGGAGAUUGUGACGAUGAUGAUUACGAUAAGGAAAAGCAAGAUAAUCCAAAUAGAUGGAAAACAAGUACAACGCGUUCUGGAAGUAAGCACCAUUUGUCGCGACUCAAUGUCGAGUCAUCACACAAACUACCUCGUCAAAAGCAAAAUCCUCCGCGAAAAGAAAAAGCGUCACAGAAACGGCGAAACGCUGAGAAAAACCAAUCGAAAGUAGCAACUACUAAUGGAAGCACUCCACAAAAAGAAGAAACAAAGCCUCCCCCUGCAGCAGUUUCUCCACCACUUCCGCCACCACCGUCAGUUUGCUGGGGUGAAAAUCGAGCGAAGUUCAGCGACGUCGUUGCCAGAAAUCAGGAUAAUCUUUCACCCUUUUCCAAUUACAGUAAUAACAAACUGCAUAAAACCAAUUCACACACAGUACCUGGAACUUUAGGCGUUGAUGAUGCAGAUUGCACAAAGCGUCAACCUAUUCAAGAAUUAACGUCGAACGAGUACAAAUUUAAAGUGAAGCCAACCCAAAUUACAUCCAACGACAAAGAUGGCCCACUUAAUAAUACAGAUAUAUUAGGAAUUCAAGGAAAUAGUCAGUUGAAUAGCUUCUUUGUGAACACAUUCAACGAGCCAUCUUAUGAACCAGAGUUAGUACCAUACGAUGAUCUGCCUGAUACUGAUGAGCCACUUGUUGAAUUGGAAAGUCCAGAAGACGAUUCGCACUCUAGACUGUGGCAUGACAGUAGCCCCAUGCUCAAUUUGUUACCUGAAAAUGCAACUUUUCAAUUGGAUCCUCCAAAGCCUUCUGAGAAAAUUUCAAAUUUGCCAGACACAUUAAAAGAUAAUUGGGUUACUGUAGAAACGAAUUGGGAGCCUUUGUAUACUCGCGGAGCUGUUGGAGAAGAAAGAAGUGGAGUUUGGGGUAUAAAUACAGGUGGUGUGUGGGCCGCUGCACCGUGGGGUGCGCCAACUCCUCCAUCAACUUUACAACCUACGAUCUUAUCACAAUCAAGAGAGCCAAGCGUUCAAGAACGUUCUGGAUUUGAUCCAUUCCGGUCUUUGAGUACAAUAUGGACACCAUCUUCGUCAGAUACAUGGACUUCAAAGCAGAAAGAGUGACUACGCUAUCAAUGAUACUCAUUGAUAUUUUGUGAUAAAGUUGAUGUAUGUUCGACGACUUUUUUUGAAGAUUCUGAAGUAAGAAUCUUAAGAGUGACGCACCAAAUGUUUGUGAUAUGAAAUAUUUACUUUUUUGUUCCCUUUGUGAUUUUCGAAAAAAAAAAUAACGACAAAUAAAUUUUACUUAGUAUACUUCGAUCCAAAUUUCUAAAGACCGCUGUACUGACUUACGCAAUAGUUUAUAACUGUUUUUUCUUUUCAUAUUUGAUGAUGGCAAAUUAAAAUAAUUUCAAUGAAAAA